UGCGCUUGACAUUUUCGGUCCCACGCAGUUUUCUCCGACAGUCUCUCACGAAAGUUGAUCUAAGCUAAUAAAUCGUCGCUCUUGGGCUCAAUGCUGUCUCGGUUAGUGCCAUUGUACCUAGUACUGGAUCAGUUGCUAUCCCAAUUAUCCAUUACAAAGCGGUAAAAUCAACUUUCAUAGUCCCUUGAUAGAUCUUUUGAUCAUCCUUCACUAUCGUAUACUAGGUCUCAGAAGCAACUUACAAUCACAAUAUACCGCCACUGUUCUAAUAGUGGGUCUUAUACAUGACUUCGUCUCUCAGCAUCAUGAUAUUUGUCGAAGGAAACUGUAUCUGAUUAUCGCAGAGAUCCAGAAAAUCACGAAAUUUUCAAUCAUGAUAGUUGCCCUAUGACUUACCCGUCGCUUGACUCCGGUACCUCCAUUGCAUUCAAAUUAUCCUCUCCCUCCGCUUUCCCUAUUGUCCUCCUUUCCAAGUAAUGGCGGCCAAUGCCCAGCUUGAUUCCGAUGCCCUCGAGUUCAUCGUUGAAUUAUUCGAUGCGAUCCUUAUCAGCACGUUUGUCUUGCUCGGUUUGACGUGCAUAACAGCGAAACUUUCUUCACGUAUAACAAGGUCAAAAACAUGGUUUCUGUUCAUCGGAAGUACAAUGUUCUGGUGUGGCGCAUACCUGUUAUUGCUUGGCCGGCAGGGCAAUCAGGAGCCUCCUUUUGGUAUCUGCAUCUUGCAGUCAGCCCUCGGCUAUGCUGCCAAUCCAUUCACCACAAUCUCCGCAUUGGGCCUGGUGCUCGAGCUACACAUGAAGCUUAAUAUCCUAUCGAUCUCAGAUAGAAAGAUGAAGCAGUGGCGGUCUUGGUUACUCGCAAUACCCCCUGCCGUUGGUAUCGUUGUCUUUUUUUAUGUUAUAGCUGUCGGAGUUGCCCACCCAGAAGCUGUGCAGCGAGAUGCGAGCCGCAUUUUCUGUCAUAUUGCUUUCAUAGAUGGAUUUGGCCCAGGACAACCGUACAUCAUAAGUACCAUAACGACAAUGCUACCCGACACCUUUGUGUUUAUCUUCUCUAUUCUCGUUGCUAUCAAAGUUUGCAUCACCAAACGUAGACUCGGGCGCGCAAUUCCGACAAGUAAUACCUCAGUUACAGUAUCCUUGGUCAUACGUGUGAUAGCACUUACAGUUCUUCUCUCCAUCGGUAAUGUGAUGGGAAUAACCAGUCUUGUAAUGGAUCCCAACUCGUCAGCCAUAGGAUGGAACUUGGCUUUAACCUUGAUGCCCGUAUCCGUCUUACUACUCUUUGGCACACAAAAGGACUUAUUGCAUGCCUGGUGUCGCCGAAAUAAAACCAGUAGAGGGGAUACGACCAAGCUGUCAAAAGAUAUAGAGAUGGCCAAUGUGCGACCGUCCCCAAGUCGUGUAGACUUGUUACAACCUCGCAGCAGUGAAGAAAGAUGAGAAGCUUAGGGCGAUAAUCUUUCUCUCUCUCGGUAGCAAUUCCUCUCAAGGUCAAUGUAUCAUAUGUUGACAUACAUAAUUUCAUGGAACGACUUAUUCCAAAUUACGAACUGUUACGACACAUGAACUAUAUCGCAUCUAGAGGCAAUGUAUAUGUGAUAGGUUAAAAAUACACGGGUGUGGAAGGAAAUGAAUAUAAAUAUAAGGAGU